GGAAAACUCCGCGGUCUGAUUGGCCCCUCCACAUGCCAAUAAGGCAAACCCCGCGCUCUGAUUGGCCGCUCCACACGCUCCCCGCCGUCCGGAAAUCCCGGUUAUUUUUGCCGGUUCCCCCUUUCCCAUUGGCUACAGCGCCCGCCAAUCACCGCCGUUCAAACCGGCGGCCCCGCUCCUUUCCGCCGACCGUUACGACGCAAACAACGCGCCGAGGCCCUGCCCCCUGAUCCCUUCCCUUCACGAAUCCGCCAAUCAGCUCGCACAGCCCGCCCUUUCCCUAGCUGUUGAUUGGCCACUGUUCUACCAGCGCGGUGCUGAUUGGUUUUUGCGCCGGUGGGCGGGGCCUGCGCGCGGCCGAGGUGAUAAAGGCGGCGGCGCGAGCGGGGGGAGCCCUCAGCGCGGCGGGCGGGCGGCGGCGCCGGAGGAGGGACCGCGCUGCCGGGGGAGGGGACAGGGGGCGACCCCCGGCCUCCCCCCGCCCCAGGGUCACCCCCACACCGCGGGGACCCCCGCACGACCUGCGGGACAUCCUCAGGGAGCCGCUUCCUGCUCGGAACCAGCCCGGACAGGCCGGGGCCCAGCCCGGCGCCAUGGAGCCCCGAGGUGGUGCCUGGCAGACCCCCAACGCCGAGAACCUGCCCCCCCAGACGCUGCGCCUGCUCUGCAGGGAGGUUUCCCUGCUCAGCGCCGACCCCCCCGACGGCAUCAAGGUGUUCCCCAACGACGAGGACGUGACCGACCUGCAGGUGGCCAUCGAGGGGCCAGAGGGCACCCCGUACGCGGGGGGGCUGUUCCGCAUGAAGCUGGUGCUGGGCAAGGAUUUCCCGGCCGCCCCCCCCAAGGGAUUCUUCCUGACCAAAAUCUUCCACCCCAACGUGGGGCCCAGCGGGGAGAUCUGCGUGAACGUGCUGAAACGGGACUGGAGGGCCGAGCUGGGGCUGAGACACGUGCUGCUGACCAUCAAAUGCCUGCUGAUCCAGCCCAACCCCGAGUCGGCGCUGAACGAGGAGGCGGCGCGGCUGCUGCUCGAGGACUUUGAGCGCUUCGCCGCCCGCGCGCGCCUGCUGACCGACAUCCACGCGCGGGGCCCCCCGCCCGCAGCCCCCUCCCCACCGCGCGGGGACCCCCCGGCCCCGGGGCCCUCGGGCGCCGCCCCCGCGCCCCCCGACGGCCCCGUGCCCAAGAAGCACGCGGGGGACAGGAAGGCGCCCCCCAAGAAAAAAACGGGGGACAAGAAACGCGCCCUGCGCCGGCUCUGAGCGCCGCGAGACCCCAGACCCAAUUGGGGACGGGGGGUGAGAGAGCCCAGGCUGAAUGCGGGGGGGCCCAGACUCAAUUUGGGGAGGGGGAAACGCCCCAGACUCAAUUUUGGGGGUCCCAGACUCAAUUUUGGGGGUCCCAGACUCAAUUUGGGGAGGGGGAAAUGCCCCAGACUCAAUUUUGGGGGUCCCAGACUCAAUUUUGGGGGUCCCAGACUCAAUUUGGGGAGGGGGAAACGCCCCAGACUCAAUUUUGGGGGUCCCAGACUCGAUUUUGGGGGUCCCAGUCUCGAUUUGGGGAGGGGGAAACACCCCAGACUCGAUUCUGGGGAGGCUGAGACCUCAAAGAUUCAAUUUUGGGGGAUGGAGACCCCAGACUCAAUUUAAGGGGGUAUCUGAGACCCCAGAGUCGAUUUAGGGGGUCCCAGACUCAAUUUGGGGAGGGGGAAAGACCCCCAGAGUUAAUUUUGGGGCUCUGAGACUUGCCAGGCUUUAGUUGAGAGGGGAGACCCCAGACUCAAUUUUGGGGAUCCCAGAUUUAAUUUGGGGGUGGGGGGGAAGAGACCCCAGGCUCAAUUUUGGAUGGGGGAAGGAGACCCCAGACUCAAUUUAGGGGGGGGUCCCAGAGACCCAACCCCCCUGCCCAGACUCAUUUUGGGGGUCCCCAACCUCCCCCAGACCCAUUUUGGGAACCCCAACCCCCCCAGACCCAUUUUGGGGGGUCCCCGUUGCCCCCAGAGCCAUUUUGGGGGUCCCAAUCCACCCCCAGACCCAUUUUGGGAGCCUCAAAACCCCUUUGACACCCCCAGCCCCAUUUUGGGGUUCCCCAGAGCCCCCAGACCCAUUUUGGGGGGGGGGGGAGGGGAUUUUUGGGGGCGGGGGGGGCGGGGCCGCCCCUCCCCCACUUUAAGUUAUUUUAAGUUAUGUGGGAAAAGCCCCAAAAAGGUGAAAAACGCCCCCAAAAAAAUCCCCAAAAAUUCCCCCCAAAAAAAUCCCAAAAAGUUCCCAUUAAAGGCUUGGUUUUGUAACAGA